AUGAAGGUUAACAAUCAUUUUGUUGUUUCCCUAGGGGUGGUAAUCCUUCUUUUUGCUCCAUCUCUUGCAGAUCAUAACAACGAGCCCUUGCUAGCUGAAAAAAACUUUGUAACUCCAAUUAAUAGUUCCGUUACGGAGGAUAGGAGGCCACAAGAGCAAACGUUACAGGCCUCAGGUGUUGAAAUCCAUGAAGCACAGAAACCGAAAACUCUGUCACAUAGAAUCGAAUUUGAAUCAAAACUGGCCAAUUGGUGGAGACGCAGGCCUCCGCCACCUCGAAGGCAUAUUGUAAGGCCACCGGGGCUUCCAAAGCCACCUCGUCGUACUCUUCCAAUAAAGUCACCUCCACCACGUUUACCUAAACGGCCACCGGGGCUUCCAAAGUCACCUCGUCGUUCUUCACCGACUCCUAAAUAA